AUGGAUACGAGGUACAUCUACUAUUUAGCAAAUGAGUUUCUUGACUCGCUUGAAUUGUUACACUUCGACUUGAAGACCUCGCAAGUCUCUCAACCUCAAGAUAACAACAGCGCCAUUGGGGAUUCAAAGCCGAGCCUCAAGGAUAAGACAUAUUACAAGUCCGAUCUUCAUCGAUACAACUUGAAACGAGUGCAACACAAUCUUCCAGAAGUCGGGGAGGAAGAAUUCGAGCGGCUAUUGGAACUGCAAUCAGCUGACAGCACAUCAACUUCGGAAAGUGAAAGUGAAAGCGAUUCAGAAACGGAGGACGACCACGACGACAAUCAUGAUAGCCGCAAAGUACGCAGAUUGAUCAGCAAACUCACUUUCGUGGAGGACGAGAGCACGGCAGUGUCGCACUUGCACACCAAGAGCCCGUAUGUUUUGUUUGGCACUUCCUUCGUGCCCGAAACAAAAGCCGUGGCCGUCUAUAAGUCUGUAUUCACCGAAAAAGAGCUCGAGUCUCCUCUCAGUGGCUUGAGACAAUUGAGCCAGCAUCAGACUGGGAAAUCAGCCAUAUUCAUGAUUGGAGGAGGUCAUUUUGCCGGAGCCAUAAUCGGGCACGAGCAAUUGGAUAUCAAAGGGCGAGCUAGUUCCAAAGACGCUCCUCAGAUACAAAAAAUCAACGUGUUGCUGUCCAAAACAUUCCACCGAUACACCACGAGAAGGAAACAGGGUGGUUCGCAAAGCGUCAGCGACAAUUCCGGUUCAAAAGCCAUCUCAGCUGGGUCAAGUAUCCGAAGAUACAACGAGCUCGCGUUGAUGCAAGAGGUCCGCGAAUUGAUUUCAGAAUGGGCAGAGCAACUCAACGAGUGCUCUUCCGUGUUUAUCAGGGCAAACGGUCCUUCAAACAAAAAGGUUCUCGUGGGAUACGACGGAGCCCCGCUUUCCUUUAGCGAUCCGAGAGUUAAAAAGAUACCUUUUUCAACCAGCAGGGCGAGCUUAGCGGAAGUAAAACGAGCUUGGGUGGAGUUGACCCAUUACAAAGUUGUCGAACUCCCUCAGCCAGAGACUGUGGAUCUGAGGACUGACACACAAGAUUCGAAUGCCACUCCGGAGGCCGCUAAAAAGACCUCUGCAGCAGCAGCAGCAGCAGUGGACGCGACCGCUAGCGAGUUGGUGAACGCCUUAAAGAAACAGAAAGCCCCACUUUUCAUGAAGUUGGUCAAGGAAAAGUCGAUUGAGGUGGACGCUUUUUUGCUCAGCGAGAUAGAUCCCAAUACCCCGACUCUACUACAUUAUGCGGCCGCUAAUGGCUUCCCAUACAUGAUCCAAAUACUUUUGAUGAAUCUAAAGGCGUCGCCUUUGGUGCCAAACAAAGCUGGAAGGGUGCCGGCAGAGCUUUGCGAUUUGAGUACCAAAAGAGCUUUCCAGAUAGCAAGAAGCAAGUUGGGAGAAGACUACUGUGAUUGGAAUGCAGCCAAAGUGGGAGCUGCCAGGUCAAAGGAGGAUUUCGAUCUGGAGGAUAGACGCAAGGAACAGGAGAUCAAGUUGGAAAAACAGAAGCUUAUUCAGGAGCAACUCGAGAAGGAGGGAACCAAAGGCAAGACCGACGAGACUACCCACGCAAGGAGCGUGAGCAGCAACCUCAAUGUGAAAAGUUUAAGUGCCGAUCAAAGAGCACGCUUGAUGCGGGAGCAGCGCGCCCGAGCGGCAGAGGCAAGACUAAAGAACACUGCGUGA